AUAGCAGUACUACUGUCUAAUAUUGUUUGUUCAUCACUGCAGCCGUCAUUCUUCGAUAGUAUCAUCAAAAUCAAACAUUUACCCUAUCUUCCAGAUAUUCCGAAAUCCACAUCCCGAGUGCAUGAAAUACGUGUCGAGCAGAUAAUGGUUCGCAAUGUGAAAUUCCUGAGCAAGAGGAGUACACACUACGAAUUACAGGAGCUGUUAUCCAUUACACCCAAACUGCGCGCUUAUCCGGUGGUUGACGAUCCGGAGUCAAUGAUGCUUCUGGGGUCGGUAAGUCGAGAGAAUCUGCUUCGUCUUUUGAAUCAUGUGGUCGGAGAUGAAGCACGGCAUGCCGAGUAUUUGAGGCGUUCCCAGUCGAGUAGCGAAUUCAGCGGAACUUCAGAAUCUGACAAAUAA